GCUAGACUCACUACAUCGCCGGGAAAAAGGACAAAUAUGAAAGCUUUAAUAGUUAUUCUUCACGUUUUAUUCAGUUUAUUCUUUAUGCUGAACGUUACAUUUGCACUUCUACCAGAUGAGAAUUAUUACGAAGAUUACGUAUUGACUGAUUCAAACGGAUAUCCGGAAGAUAUUAGCGAGGAAUGCACUAAACCAGGAUCAAAAUUUCUUUUAAGCUUUUUCUACGAUGGAAAAUAUGAUGAUUUAUAUACAAAAAUUUUAAUGUUUGGAUUCUCACCAGAUUUCCACAUAACAGUUAACAAGAAAGAAUACAAUUACAAUGCUGUACCAAUUUCAGAUUUAUUUACUUCGGUCGAAUUCUUCCUACCGCUGAAUGAAGUGCCAGAUAAUUCAAUAGUAGAUAUGGAAUUAUUUCACGACACCAAAUUUAUAAAAAUCUGUAGAAUUGAUUUGUUACGAGUUACAGUUGACAACAAUAAUCCAUCGGAGCGUGAACAUGAAGAUUUUAAUAUACGUAAUACAGCAAUUAAAGAUAUAAGUCCGGAUGAGAUUGGAAUAUCUGAUGAUAACAACGAUGAUGAUAUUAUGAAAUCUGAAGAAAAUAUUGAACAGGUAGCUACGAAACAGCCUACUACAGAAAGGUAUUUAAUGCGUAGAUCUACCAGGCGUCCAAGAACCACUACGAAAAGGCAUACCAAACAUACAAAACAUACUACGAAACGGCCUACCAAACCUACAAAACAUACUACGAAACGGCCUACCAAACCUACAAAACAUACUACGAAAAGGCCUACCAAACCUACAAAACAUACUACGAAACGGCCUACUACAAAAAUAACUGACAAACCUACAACAAAAAAUCUUGCCAAGUGUAUAAAAAAAUCUGGGAAAAAGUCUCAUGCUGCUGCUGCUGCUGCUGCUACAGAAACAUAUGAAGAAAGUUCGGAACCAUCUAUUAAUGAAGAAGAUAUAAACGAAUAGUAAAACCAAAUGUAUCCUUCCUUGAUGACAUAGAACUCGACGAUAUGACAACAUGGUCGAAAGUUUCAAACAAAAGUAUGCCUGAAACUCGUAAUGCAGAAACUUCGAUUAAGAAGAGGAGUUACUAGUUUACCACGUUUUACUUUUUUAACUCAGAUAGGAUAAUUUUAUCAGUUUACACAGUUUUUGUACAAUGCAUUGCGUAUGGAUACGUUAAUAAAACAUGAAAUUUAUUACUACUCUUGAAAAAAACAUUCUAUGUGUCAUUUUAUGACGUAUAAAGUUCUUUGUGUUUCAAAAUUGUAAUAACAUUAAAAUGAGU